ACCCCAUCACUGUGGACUCGGGUCUAAAGGCAGACCGGAACGGUCACCAGUCAACUGCGGAAUGAAUGUAGACGACCUGUGACACUCUUAACCCCUCAUUAACAGCGUCGUCGUGUGGAAACAUACGCCACGCUGCAUGCACCGACGUCAAGAUGGCAAGCAUUUUGACUGUCACUGCUUGAUGGCUUACGCUCUUCGCUCGGUGUUCCUCCUUUGCGGGAUCAGUGGACUGUUGUCUGCAGCCUGGUCUAAACCUACCGGUGUCGUGCAAGUACAAAACAGCUGUCCCAAAGGCUGGACUCAGUUGGACUGCCACUGUUACAUCUACGAAAAUGAGCCAAGAAUCUUUGCAGAUGCAGAGAGCGUCUGCAACAUUCUUGGUGGGAAUCUGGUUUCCAUCCACAGCGCCCUGGAAAACGCUCUCAUUCUGGAACUGAUUCGGCAGGGCGGGAACGACGACAACGCCUGGAUUGGAUACCACGACGCAAUUGCGGAAGAUGACUUCAUAUGGACUGACGGCUCCGAUCAGGAUUUCGCUAACUUUGAUGUAGCUGGAGUCGAACCCGAUGGCACUGGCGACUGUGUAGUCAUGGAUGAAAGCGCUGGUCUUUGGGAGGAUGCGGUCUGCUCAGAUGAGGCCCCGUAUGUUUGCAUCCAAGAUGUCAAACACUAAUUAUUUUUUUAUUUUAUCUCUUUCAUCAAUGAUGGUGACACAGUAAGAAAAUAAAGUGGGGUCUUGACAUUGCC